CUUGUAUUAUUGGUUCAGGGUUUCUUUUUACCAUUACACUCCCAAGGUCAUGGUUUUAUUGUCGGCUCUCAUUGCUGUGACCAUUCAACUGUUCAUGUGCUGGCGCAUCUGGAUCUUGAGCAAUAAGAGUAUUUAUUGGAGUAUCCCCAUCAUCAUCAUCGUUUUCGCGAGCUUUACGAUUACUAUGGUCUACUUCAAAAAAUCUUGGUCUCUUCGUACUUGGACAAAACUCGCGGAUCUCAGUAAAAUCUCUCGAGCAGUGAAUGGUCUCAACUUCGGUGGCGAUAUAGCUAUCACGUUCGUCAUGGUGUAUUUUCUUCGAACUUCAAGGUCCGGGAUCAAAAGAACCGAUGCUCUGAUGAAUCGUCUGAUGUAUUUUUGUCUAAAAACUGGACUUCUUACAACUUUCUGCGCGAUACUCUCUUUGAUAUCGAUCUCCAUCUGGCCGAAUACGUUCAUUUACAUCACCUUCUAUUGUGCUCUUGCCCGCUUGUACGCAAACUCUUUCUUGGCAACCCUGAAUGCUCGCGACCAGCUCAGAAAAUCUAAUCGCCCUCUUGGAAGCUCGCUAUUUUCGACUCCCACGUUAAGUGGCCUUGAAUGGGCGAGAGCCAUGGCCAGUGAUACUGUGAUCACCUCCUCGGAUAUUCCGAAAUCUAGCACAAAUCCGUUAUCCAUCAAGCAAGAAGUCGAGACCCACGUUCAACACGACAUUGAGCUGGAUAACUUAGCUGUGAAGACUCUUUCCUCCAAUCUACCCGUAUGAGCAUUGCAACGUCCGAGAGUCAGCUUGUAUCUAGAGCAAUUCUUCGAAGUGUAGGACUCGGAUUUGUUUUGCUACCCAAAAAUGCGAAUUUCGAAUGUACAAAGUGUACAACGUAUUAUUUACAAUACGCCUACGUAGCGUCCUGGAACCGAUGUUUCGACAUCAUGGUCUUGUGGGCUUGUC